AUCGUCUCACGAGACAUCGAAAGGCGGCAAGACGGCGGUGGCGACGGCGACGACGACGACAACGGCAUCGGACCAUGUGCUGUUGCAACACCAACAGUCGCAGCAGAAACAACAUCACCCUCAGCAGCAGCAGCAGCACCAAACAGUGGGCAUCGUGAGGGCCCUCGUUCAACAGCAGCAGCAGCAACAAAAGCUAAACAAUGUCAACAACGUCCGGCAUUCGCCCAACUCCACGAAAGGACCGGCGGUGGCGGGGGUCGCGGUGACGGCGGCGGCCACCAGCUCGACGAGUGACCACAGUAGCAGUGGCAGCACCAGCAGUAGUAGCAGCAGCAGUGCCAGUUCCACCUCGAGUGCCAGUUCCGCGUCGUCGAACCACACGAGCACGAGCAGCGGCAUCGGCGGGAGCAGUGGAGCCAGUGCCGGGAGUGGCGUCGGCGGGGCGCCUGCUAGUGGCCAUCACCUACAGCACCACCCACAACCGGUGGAAGCGACCUACGCGAGCGUAAUCAAGAAACCCAAAUCGCAUCCAUCAUCGGUCAGUGGCGGCAGCAGUGGCCGAAACUCCACCGGAACGCCACCGACGACGGCGGCGACGCAGGGUAGUGGCCACUCACAAGGCGGUCCACCACCACCCCCACUGCACGUCGGGAGUAAUGUGGUCGGCGAGUUUAAUGCGGCCGACCUCAGGAGUUCGCUCGAUCGGAAGGUGAACGGAGUCCUGGUGUUUAGCAGUGGGCUCAACGAGCGCGGUCCGGUGGCGCCCUCUGGUGGGUCGUCGAGUGUUAUCGUCGGCGCUACCAUGAAGUCGGCUGACCACCAUCACGGGACACUCGGGCGAUAUCACACCCCACCGCAGCAGCAGCAGCAACACCAUCACCACGGCCUUAUUUGCGCGGACAAUCAGCAUCAUCAGCUGGACACGAGCAGCAUCAGCAGCAGCGUCAGUAGCUCGACUGGCGGGGCCAACCUGUUGCUAAACGGUUCCGGCAAUGGGAGUGGGCCCACCACCAACUCACCCAUCGUGGGCAUCUCGUCGAACGGAGCCCUGGUGCCGCCACCGUACCGUGACCCGCCGCCACCGCGCAACAGUCCCCUGUCGCAUCGGCUGCUCGAGGGCGGUGGCACCGGAAACGGCUGCAACACCCUGACCAGCCUCAGUAGCACCGGAAGUGCCGGAAGUGGUGCCGGUGCUGGUGGCGUGGGCAGGAAAUUGGACAAGGACAGCCCGAACCUCGGUGCCGGAUCCUCGUCGUCACCGUCGUCGGCGACGGGGGGUGCCACCGGGCCCCUACUGGACCAGCCGGCCCCGUCCGGGGAGACCAAUUUGCUAAACGGCGGUGGCAGCGGUGGCGGCGGUGGCGGCGGCGUUAGUAGUGGGUCCUCCGAGACCCUGCCACAGCAUGUGACCGGUUACCGGGAACUGAUACAGCUCAUCAAGUUACAGCGCGAGAAAAUCAAUAUCCAGCAGGCGGACAUCUCGAAGGUGGGUUCGACUGUAACGGCCACGGGUGUGCUAGUUUGUAGUAGUGCU